AUGUCAUACCAGUAUUCGCAUCAGGACCACGGUCAUCCGCCCCUCCCUCCCGGCUGGGUCGCAGAAUGGGUUCCGCAGGAAAACCAGUACAUCUUCAUUGACCAGCGCACUGGACAAAAGCAGUGGCACCACCCUGAACGUCCUCCUGCUGGCGGCCACGAUUCUCGUUCACCAGGUUAUAGUCCUGGUCCGGGUUCAAGGGGCGUGGGAGGGCCUCCGCCAGGACCGGGAGGUUACGGAUACGGCUCUCCCCAAGGGCCAGGGGGCCACCCACCACCGGGAUACGGGAGCCCUGGACCGCAAGGCUAUGGCGGUUCUCCUCAACCCCAUGGUUAUGGAAGCCCACCACCACCUCCCGGAGGAUACGGUGGCCCUCCUCCGCCACAUGGCUAUGGAAAUCAACCACCACAGCGUGGGUACGGAGGUCCUCCACCACCACAGGGAUAUGGUGGCCCUUCACCUGGCCCGCAAGGCUACGGUGGUGCUCCUCCUCAACCUGACCAAAAGAAGAACCACAAUGUGGCCUAUGGUGUCGGUGGAGGCCUUGUGGGUGCCGCUUUAGGCGCAUGGGCAAUGCACGAGUAUGAUGGGCACAAAGAAAAGGAGCGCGAUGAGGAGCGUCGUGAAGAAGAGGUAGAACGCCGCCGUGAAGAAGAACGUGAAUUUCAGCGCAGAGAGGAACGUGACCGCGAGCACAUGUACGAAGAGGAACGAGAACGUGAGCGGUACGAAGAAGCACGAGACCGCCAGCAAUUGUAUAACGAAGAACAACAACUCGAGCAGCAGCGCGAAAUUGAAUUUGCGCGCGAACGAGAAUUUCAACGCGAAGAGGACUUUGAGCGACGGGAAUGGGAAGACGACCGCCGAGAAGAAGAGAUUGUGUACGAAGAUAGGAGAUAUGAGGAGAGUCGCUGGUGA